AUGAUGACAAUGAAGAGUUUUGCUGACUUGGCUAAUUUAAGUUCAUUUACUGAUCAUGAAGUUACUGAUUUAUUACUAACUAUUAAUAGACUCAAAACUUUUAAAGGAUGGCCAUUUGAUAAUAUUCAAAAUGCAAAAUGUACUUCUUUUGAGUUGGCUAGAUCGGGAUUUUAUAUGACAAGUAAUGAGGAAAAUGCUCCUUCAGCUAAAUGUAUGUGUUGUUUAAAAGAUUUAACGUGGGAAGAGGAAGACAUUCCAUUAGAUGAACAUUUAAGAAUAAUGCCUCAUUGCCGACUUGCUAAUUUAAUUUCGGAAAAGAAGGAAAUUGAUAUGACUGUUAGAGAUACAAUUGGCAUUUUAUCAAUGAGGGAGGUUUCGAUGGCUGUAAAUAAACAACUUGAUCAAGAUGUAUCAAUGAUUAGAUCAGCUCUAAAAUACAAUGAUGAAUUGGUCACCAAGACAUUGAGAAAUAUUGCAUAA